AUGUUGUUCCGGACUGUUAUCGCCACUCUCGCUGCUGUAGCUGGUGUCUCUGCACAUGGCUAUAUUGAUAAGGUCACUAUUGGAGGCAAGACCUUUUCUGGUCCUUACCCCUUCUCCAAUAAGAACGCUGCGAGUCCUAUUCGCAAGAUCACGACCACCUUUCCGAUUACUAGCGCCAGCGAUGCGAACAUGAACUGUGGUAUCGAUGCCGCACCAGCUGCUCAGGUCGCCGCUGCCAACCCAGGAGACAAGGUCACUUUCAGUUGGAAGAGCGGGCAGAACAAGAACUGGGGUCACUCUAUUGGGCCCAUCAUGACUUAUCUCGCUCAAGUUCCCGCUGGUCAGACAGCCGACAAGUUUGACACCCGGAAAGCCAAAUUCUUCAAGAUCGACCAAACUGGUCAGACGGGCGGUGCCGGCACUGGAUGGGUACAAGCGAGUAUCAAGGGCGGCAAGACUUAUACCACCACCCUGCCCAAUGACCUUCCCGCCGGUGACUAUAUCAUUCGCCAUGAGCUUAUUGCCUUGCACUUUGCUCAAAAGAAGGACGGUGCUCAAUUUUAUCCUGGCUGUGUCCAAAUACGAGUUGGCGGCGGAUCCAAUGCUCCCAAGGCUAUCUCGGCACAGACCGUUUCGUUCCCGGGCGGAUAUACCGAAAAUGACAAGAGCUUGUUCGUCCCAAACCUAUUCAAGGGCAACUUUGUCUAUCCGUUCCCCGGCCCGCAGGUCGUCAAAUCUCUUGGAGCAGCAAGCACCAAGGGGGCAUCGAACGUUGGUAACAGCACUAUUAUUGACGAAGAAACCGAACCCAAGACAUGCGAUUCUAAGAAGGCCAAAGCUAAGAAUGACAAGCGAACCCCCAUUUCUCACGUUACUCCUGACCACGGCCGUGUUCGUUCUCGCGUCAUGCGCCACCUGGUCUAA